ACGACUGAGCGGGACUGAGGGCGAGUCUAAUCAAGCAGUUACCAGUCUUUCGCGCCAUCCACCAUGGCUUUUCUUCGACGCGUGGCACAGUUGAACGAAUUCACGCAGAAGCAUUCCCAUCUCCUCGUUCUUUCCGCUUUGCAACGAUUUUUCUGCUUUAAUAGUAGCACAAUGAAUGUGGCUGAUUUGAGUGACGCUUACAGCGACUCGCUGCAAUACGUGGAGGCAAAUCUCUUCCGGAAUUAUGGAGGCAAGGCGAAAUUUGGAGGAAUGAUUUCGACGUUAAAAUGCUAUGAAGAUAAUUUGCUAGUGAAGGGGGCACUUAAUGAGCCAGGGAACAAGCGGGUCCUUGUGGUGGAUGCUGGAGGGUCAUUAAGAUGUGGCAUGCUUGGUGACAAUCUCGCUUCACUUGCAAUAAAGAACGAUUGGGCUGGCGUUGUGAUGUAUGGCUGUAUACGAGACUCUGAAGAGAUUUCAAUGAUGAAUGUCGGCGUGAAAGCAUUAGGCACAAUGCCAUUGAAAUCCAUCAAGAAAGGUUUGGGAGAAAGAGAUAUUGCUGUGCGAUUUGGAGGAGUGACUUUUACACCCGGACAUUAUCUUUACUCAGAUCUUGAUGGUAUUAUUGUCUCACCCAAAGAAUUAACCCUUGAUCAACCAAAGUUGUAACUUUUUUGAGUUUCAUUUAAUGUCUUAAUGAUUCUAAGAAUAAGAGUUACUUUACUCUGCACAAUUUGUGUACAAUGUUAGCAGUAUCUUUGUCUGUUUUAUUAGUUAAAACUGAAUAUUAAAUAAUAUGACCAUGUCCUCAUUUUAAGUAGGUGUUCAAGAAGGGCCAACUGUUGAUUUCUCUGUACCCAGGGUCUCUUAGAGACAAGAGGAAAAGUGAAUUAUAGAUGAACUAGCAAAUGAUAUACACCUUCUAUUUUAUGCUUUGCCAAUUUUCUAAUGGUCGCUAAAAAUCAAAAGCCUAAAACAAGCUAAUUUUUUGUAAUCAUUGCAAGAUUGAAUUUCUUCUAAAAUAAUUGAAUACUUAGAGCUGUCUCCAAAUGGCAAAAUUAGUUGUUCUUUCUCUGUUUCCUUCAGGUCUGAGUGAUUACAUAGUGUGCCAAAAAACAAAUUGCGGGAUACAAGAAAAUGUCCAUAGCAAUUAUUUGCUAUCUGAUGUUACUUCUCAACUCUAAUGAUGAUUAAGAGAGCAAACAAUGAGGAACUGGUCUUAAUUUGGUCCUAAAAAUUAUUUACAAUAGUGUUAAUGGAGAUUAAUUUCAUUAAACAUGCAUCUAUUUAAUUCUGUGUAAAUGAUUAUAUACUUUGUAACAAAAUGAUCUGGGCUAUUUAUUAAUUAAUAUGAAAAUUAAAAAAACUUUUUAACUUGG